UAUAAAUUUUGUGUGAGAGAGUUUUGUUUUCUAAAUUUCGGGAAAAGGAGUUAUGUGGUGAAAGAGCGAAAACAACCAAACGGCUAUAAUUAGCGUUACAAAGUGUGUUUGUGGGGAGAGAAAUAUAGAGAGUGGUGGGCAUUUUAGAUCGUUGUAUUUCCGUGGAGGGUUUUUCUUCUUUGCCGGAUUUUCUCUGAGAAAAUUUGGUCUUUUGUAGGGGGUUCUGAUCUAGGGGUGGCUUAAACGAUCCCUGUGGUUUUUGCAGAGAUUGGUUGAUUACUUACCGGAGAUUAAGGAGUUCAAUUUUGGUUUUGUAGUGUGAUUAGAAUUGGGGAUAUUUUAAUCAUGACCGAUGGGUACUAUAAUUCCAAAAAAACUGAUGAUAUAUGUGAAGACGUUUGCGGAGAGCAGACGUCUCGUGGAGCAUUGACCAUGUCAAGGCUUCGGUGUAUGUUUCGAGGAUUGGAUAUGAAGACCUAUCUUUUUGUGUUUGUGUUUAUCCCAUUAUUCAUUUUUAGCGUCUAUUUGCAUGGGCAGAAAAUCACCUACUUCCUAAGACCAAUAUGGGAAUCUCCGCCACAGCCCUUCAAUGUGAUUCCGCACUAUUAUAAUGAAAAUGUGACUCAAGAGACUCUUUGCAAGCUUCAUGGGUGGGGAAUUCGUGAAUCCCCGAGAAGAGUCUUCGAUGCAGUGUUGUUCAGUAAUGAAGUAGAUAUUCUUACAAUUCGAUGGAAGGAAUUGUAUCCUUACAUUACUCAGUUCGUGCUUCUUGAGUCAAACUCCACAUUCACUGGCUUACCCAAACCAUUGCUUUUUUCUAGCAAUCGGCAGAAAUUUGAAUUUGUGGAGCCUCGGCUGACUUAUGGGAUGAUUGGGGGAAGGUUUAAGAAAGGUGAAAACCCGUUUGUUGAAGAGGCAUAUCAAAGAGUUGCACUGGACCAGCUUCUUAGAAUAGCUGGGAUAGAAGAUGAUGACUUGUUGAUAAUGUCUGAUGUCGAUGAGAUACCUAGUGCCCACACGAUUAAUCUGCUGAGAUGGUGUGAUAAUAUUCCACCUAUCCUCCAUCUUCAGCUGAGGAACUACUUGUACUCCUUUGAGUAUUAUCUAGACAGCAAGAGCUGGAGAGCUUCAGUUCAUAGAUAUCGUUCGGGUAAGACUAGGUAUGCACACUUUCGUCAAACUGAUCUCCUCUUGUCAGAUUCAGGAUGGCAUUGUAGCUUUUGCUUCCGUCAUAUCAGUGAUUUCAUAUUUAAGAUGAAAGCCUACAGCCACUAUGACCGAGUGAGGUUUUCUCAUUACUUGAACCCUAAAAGGAUUCAAGAUGUAAUAUGCAAUGGAGCUGACCUAUUUGACAUGCUUCCUGAAGAAUAUACAUUUCAGGAGAUUAUUGGGAAGAUGGGUCCUGUACCUCGUUCUUAUUCAGCAGUUAAUCUUCCUGCAUAUUUGUUGAACAAUGCCGAGGACUACAAAUAUCUCUUGCCUGGCAACUGCAAAAGAGAAGGUGGCUAAUAUUUUAUUUGGUGAUGUGAUUACAUUGUACAUAGUCUAGAGAUUGUGCUUUUGCACCUUAGUGGGCUCUAUUGCUGGUUGUGACGACAGUGAGGUUUCAAUACAGGCAUACCUUAUAUCAGAUGAAAUCUAGGUCAUUCUUUAUAGAUAAAUUAAUGGGAUCUUAGAUUUUGAGGGGAAACUUUGUAUAUUUACUUUGUUUCGGAGGUUAUCCAAUUUUUCCACUGGAGAGCUUGUUGUGAGCAGAAUAGAAUGAUGACUUUGGCAAGCUUACCGCCUGUUGUCAGUAAGGCCUAAUCCCCGAAUUGCUGGAGUAGAAUGACGUUUCCCACCUUUUUUUAGGAUGGGAGUUUUGCUUUCUCAAACUAAUUUUUAUCGUAUAUUCUUCUUAAAUAUGUGUUGCUUAUUAACUCCUAGUUUUGUAAAUCUAAUUUCUUCUGGAUCUUUAUUAAUUGUGAUGCGGAUUUAUUCUUUCU